GGGCUAAAGGGUAAAUCUGAUAUUUCAUAUAUGUCUUAGGGCUUUUAGAAGUGACUCCUUAUAUCUUGCGGACGGUGCUUUAACGUAUUGGUUCUUGCUCUUUGCGUCGACGGCGGCUAGGUUAAAACAACAGAUCCGACAAUGCCUAAGCAAAUCCAUGAGAUCAAGGACUUCCUUCUUACAGCAAGAAGGAAAGAUGCUCGGUCUGUGAAGAUCAAGAGAAGCAAGGACAUUGUCAAGUUCAAGGUCAGAUGCUCGAAGUACCUCUACACGCUCUGCGUGUUUGAUCAAGAGAAAGCCGACAAGCUUAAGCAGUCUCUUCCUCCAGGUUUGAGUGUGCAAGACCUUUGAAGAUGAGAUGAUGAAGCCCUCCUUGUUAUGAUGAAUCCAUAUGAGAAUAUGUUUUUGUUUAGUUAAGUUAUUUUUUCAAACUUUUCGGGUAUGCGUGUUUUUGGAAUACAAUCUCUGGAUUCAAAAUUUCUUUAGUUACA